AUUUAUAUUUCACUUUGGUAUUUUUUCUAUUGCAAACACAAAAUUAAAAUGUGUUCCAUAUGGUUAUAUUAUUAUACCUAACCGUAAGAUUGUACCUAUUGAUUCUUUUGAUGGUAAAUUUCUUAAAAUGUAUGAAGAUGGAAAUUUUGAAGAUUGUUUUAAUGUUUGGUUUAAAGCAGGAAAAUAUAGAUAUAGUCUGUCAAUUGAUCAAACAACAAAAGCUUUUGAUACUUUACAUAAUGAUAAUUUUACAACUAGAAGAAAUGUAAGAUGUAUCAAAUGUGAAUUGAACAAUGUUACAGGGCAUGGAAUUGUUGAAUAUGUUUUUAGAAAUGAGGAGAAGUUAAUUCCUGCAAGAAAAGUUCAGACACCAUUAAAAGUUUUAGAUGAAUGUAAAGUUACAGAAAUUCCUAUGGUUGUUAAAAUAAAUGAUGAUAUUAGUAAAUUGAAACAUGUCUCAGGAGGUAAAGGUUCAUCUCUAUCUUGUUUGAGUUCAUUGAUGAAUAGUUGCAAAGAGACAAACAGUAUCAAUUUUAUAGUACCAGAUGGAAUUAUAUUAACAACUGCAGCUUAUUAUCAUCAUCUUAAAUGUAACAAAAAUAUUUUGCAAAGUAUUUUUACAAUAGAAAAUAAUUUGAGUUAUCAGAAUAUUGAAAAUAAUGAACUUGAAGAUUGUUGUUAUAAGAUCAUUGGAGAGUUUAAUCAUACAUCCUUAGAUAAUUGUAUUUUAGAAGAAAUUAAAGAACAAUUAUUUAAUAAUACAGAAGAAAACACUAAGAGAAAAAUGUAUGCUGUUCGUUCAUCAGCAGUUGGCGAAGACAAUGCAGAAUUUUCUGCAGCUGGACAAAUGAUUACUUUUCUAGGACUAUGUGAUAUAAAUGAGAUCUGUGAUGCUGUAAUAAAAUGUUGGAGUUCUCAGUUUUCUUAUUCAGCAGUUCAAUAUAAAAGGAAAAAUGGACAGCCCAUUGACAGUGGCAUGGCAGUUGUAAUACAAGAAAUUAUAUAUCCUGAAGUUUCUGGUGUACUUUUUACCUGUGAUCCAGUAACUUGCAAUCCUGCUAAUAUUACAAUUACAGCAAAUUAUGGAUUGGGUGAAUCAGUAGUUUCUGCUUUAACUGAACCAGAUACAAUAAUUCUCAAGAGAAGUAUUGAUGGAAACAUUAGUUUUCAUUCUAAAUCUCUAGGUGAAAAAAAAGUUGAAAUAGUUGUAACAGAUAAAGGUAAAACUGAAAGAACAAUAAAGAAGGAAAAGUCAAUGGUAUAUUGUUUAAAUGAAAGUCAGGCUAUAUUGUUAGGAAAAAUCUCUAUUCAGCUUGAAGCAGCUUUCAAUGAAUUAUUGGAUAUUGAAUGGGGUAUUAUUGGAAAUACAGUAUAUCUUUUACAGGCACGUGCAAUUACUACUGUAAAAAAAGAAUCACAAUUUGAAAUAAUGCAUGAAUUUGAUACUGGAAUCUUAGCAGAAUAUGAAUAUUCAACAACUGCAAAUUUGGGAGAGGUAAUGCCUGGAGCAAUGUCCCCUCUUACAAUGUCAACUGUUGCAUGGGCUCUUGAUUUGCCUAUUAAGGCUAUAACUUAUAUUCAAGAGGGAAGAUUUUUAUCAACUUAUAAUUGGACUUUCUAUCAAACAUUUUUGGCAUCACAACAACAUAUUUUUUUUAACAUGCUUGAUUUUGUUCUAAUGAGAAAUGAAAAGCAGAAAACAUUUGCUUCUUGCAUUUGGGAAGUGUGUCUGUUGGGUCGACUUCUUAAGGAUGGAGAAGAAAUGAAAUCAAAAGCUAUAGAACGACAUGGCUAUUUUUCUUCCUUUGCAAAAACUAAAGGUCUUGCAAAUGUAGCUUUGGUUGCAUAUAAUACUUAUAGAAANAAUUAUUUCUUGGUACACAGUGAAAUAAAAGCUAUAACUUAUAUUCAAGAGGGAAGAUUUUUAUCAACUUAUAAUUGGACUUUCUAUCAAACAUUUUUGGCAUCACAACAACAUAUUUUUUUUAACAUGCUUGAUUUUGUGCUAAUGAGAAAUGAAAAGCAGAAAACAUUUGCUUCUUGCAUUUGGGAAGUGUGUCUGUUGGGUCGACUUCUUAAGGAUGGAGAAGAAAUGAAAUCAAAAGCUAUAGAACGACAUGGCUAUUUUUCUUCCUUUGCAAAAACUAAAGGUCUUGCAAAUGUAGCUUUGGUUGCAUAUAAUACUUAUAGAAAAAGAAAAUUUAUGAAGAAAAAGUAUUCUAAUUAUAUUAUAGAAUAUGAUACUUAUUCGCAAGCAUAUGAUUUGUUUCAGAAUAUACAUAAGUGUUUGGUAGAUUUAUGUGAGUUUGUGCUAAUGAGAAAUGAAAAGCAGAAAACAUUUGCUUCUUGCAUUUGGGAAGUGUGUCUGUUGGGUCGACUUCUUAAGGAUGGAGAAGAAAUGAAAUCAAAAGCUAUAGAACGACAUGGCUAUUUUUCUUCCUUUGCAAAAACUAAAGGUCUUGCAAAUGUAGCUUUGAAAUGCAUUGCUUAUUUUUGUGCAAUUUAUGAAAAAGAACACUCACCAGAUGACAAAUAA